GCGACAGAGUAGUACAAGUAAAUCACUUGAUAAGGGAGCUCUAGAGACGCCUCCGUGAUGGACAUCGCUAAGUCAAUAUUUGGGCCAAAGGUACCUGAUGGCUACGCCGGAAGAGAUGACUACAACGCUGGAGAGGCUUGCUAGACGCACGAUGCGGGCCAGGCCGUUGCUGAGCGGCCGCUGUUUGGCCGGCUGCGUGGCCGCCACGCUGGUCACCGCCCUGCUGCUGGCGCUGAGCCCCAUCUCGUCGCCCUCGGACUGUGCCUGCCCUCGAGUGGACGCCCUCAGCGUCAAAGCCCCAACGACGCCUGACGGACGCUUGGCGGUGCUGGUGCCCUUCCGAGACCGAUUUGACGAGCUGAUCGAGUUCGUGCCGCACAUGCACAGCUUCCUGCGCCACCAGGGCCUCGAUUUUGAGAUCUUCGUGCUGAAUCAGGUGGACCAAUUCCGCUUCAACCGCGCCAGCCUGAUAAACGCCGGCUUCAAGAUGGUGCGCCGCUAUUAUGACUACAUUGCUAUGCACGACGUCGACCUGCUGCCGCUCAACCACAACCUAUCCUACGCCAAACCGCAAAACGGCAGACCCUUCCACGUCGCAGCCCCGGAACUGCACCCAAGGUACCACUACCCGACAUUCGUGGGAGGCAUCCUGCUCAUCACGACGCACGACUUUGAGCUGGUAAAUGGCAUGAGCAACAAAUACUGGGGCUGGGGCCUCGAGGACGACGAAUUCUACGUUCGAAUGCGCGACGCGCGUUUUAACGUGACCCGCCCGACAAACGUGGCGACCAACUCAAGCAACACCUUCUGGCAUAACCACGACCGCGGGCGACGGAAACGUGAUUUCGCAAAGUGCUACCAUCAGAAGGAGGUGACGCGUCGCAGGGACCGCUAUACGGGUCUCAAGGACGUCAAGUACCAGGUGCUGGCCACGCACCACCUCAAGAUUGACAAUCUGCCCUUCACGCUGCUCAAUAUUAAUCUCGAGUGUGACAAAGUGCUGACUCCGUGGUGCGAGUGCGACGAGCCCAAGGCGGCACUGGUUGAUGACAAGAAAAAGCGGAAUAAAAAGCCCUGAUCUCGGCUUGAUUUGAGCCGCCGCCCCCGAAUAGACUUGCUAGCUCUUUCGUUUAGAAAUUUUCCAUAAGUUGGAAGAAGAAGGCUAGAAAAUUAAUAUUUAAACCUUUUGAAGGCCACUUAAACCACUUCUAAAUAUCAAAUAUGAAUUUGAUUAAUUCGUGCCAUUGCUGAAAGGAAUUUGCGAAAAAAUAAAAUUUCAAAAUGCUUUGCUCCUUACUUUAACAUGGCUGUAAUUUUCAUCGAUUAAUAAAAUUUAUAGAAAUAAACAAUAAUUUAAACGAUGUAA